GAAAAAAAUGGAUUUCUUGUGAUGUGAAAAAGGAAAAGUGCAGUGUUUGAACUUUGAAGGGUUGUCUCCACCAAAACAGAGAGAACACAACACAACACAACACAACACAUAGAAGAAGCAACACUUCCCUCACUCAUUCAUUCACCUAUUAGGGUUUCCCAAUUCCCAAUUCCAAUGGCGGAGGUCAUCAACGCUCCCCCGGAUUCACUCGACAAAUCCCCACCACCAUCCCCAUCCUCCGCCUCAGCUCCCCCACCUCCUCCUCCUCCUCCUCCUCCGCCGUCGCUACCUCCUCCCUCCGAUUCCGAUCUCCCUCCACCACCUGCCCGCAGGAGGGACAGGCGGGACGACCGGGAUUUCGAUCGUCCACCUAACCGCCGCGAUUACUACGACCGCAGCAACAACUCCCCCCCGCCCAAAGACCGGGACAGGGACUUCAAGCGCCGCCGCAGCCCCUCACCUCCUUCCCAACGCGACCGCGACCGCCGUCACUCCCCUCCUCCCCCCUACAAGCGUUCCAGGAGAGGUAGUCCCCGCGGUGGUUACCGUUACGGUCCCGAUGACAGCAGAUUUGGAUAUGAUAAUUCUGGCGGUUAUGAACGGGGAAUGGGUGGAAGGGUUGGUUAUGUCGAUGACAAGUCUUAUGGCCGGUUUGGACAUCGUUCAGCUGGAGAAUAUCAAAAUGGUAUUUCUGAUGUGGAAUCCAAUCGUGGUUAUGCAGACUUGCCAAGUGGCAGUGCACAAAGAGAAGGGUUGAUGUCCUAUAAGCAAUUCAUUCAGGAGCUUGAGGAUGAUAUACUGCCUGCUGAAGCAGAACGUAGGUAUCAAGAAUACAAGUCGGAGUACAUUUCCACCCAAAAAAGAACCUAUUUUAAUUCUCAUAAGGAUGAGGAGUGGUUGAAAGAUAAAUAUCAUCCAACAAAUUUGCUUACAGUCAUUGAAAGGAGGAAUGAAAAUGCUCGACAGCUGGCAAAGGACUUUUUGCUUGAUUUGCAGAGUGGAACAUUAGACCUAAAUCCUGGUUUGAGUGCCUCUUCAUCCAGCAAAUCAGGCCAAGCUAGUGAACCGAAUUCAGACGAGGAAGCAGACAAUGCCGGUAAGCGGAAAAGACAUGGUAGGGGAUCUAAUAAAGAAAAUGAUUUCUCAGCUGCUCCCAAGGCUCACUCUAUUAGCUUGGAACCUAGACGAAUACAGGCCGAUAUUCAACAGGCUCAGACCCUUGUCCGCAAGCUUGACAUAGAAAAGGGGAUUGCAGAUAAUAUUUUAUGCAACAGUGAUCUCAAUAAAAAUGAUGAUAAGACUCACAGGGGAUCUGUGGGUCCCAUAAUAAUUUUAAGAGGUCUAUCAUCGGUUAAGGGUUUAGAGGGUGUUGAACUUUUGGACACACUUAUUACAUAUCUUUGGCGGAUUCAUGGUGUAGAUUAUUAUGGUUUGAUUGAGACUAUUGAGGCUAAGGGUUUUAGGCAUGUCAGGCCAGAGGGAACCACACAUGAAGAAAAAGGUAAAUCAGGGUCUGAAUGGGAGAAGAAACUAGACUCAUUUUGGCAGGGAAGGCUGAAUGGUCAGGAUCCCGUGGAAGUAAUGACUGCUAAGGAGAAGAUAGAUGCUGCAGCAGCGGAAGCGUUGGAUCCAUAUAUUAGGAAAAUUAGGGAUGAAAAGUAUGGAUGGAAGUAUGGUUGUGGAGCCAAGGGCUGCACGAAGCUUUUUCAUGCUUCUGAAUUUGUGCACAAACACCUGAAGCUAAAACACCCAGAGCUUGCUGUUGAACAAACCACAAAAGUGCGUGAGGAUCUCUAUUUUCAAAAUUACAUGAAUGAUCCAGAUGCUCCUGGUGGAAAGCCUGUAAUGCAGCAAACUCAGAGGGACAAACCUUUAAAGCGAAGAUUAGGUAUUGAGGGCCGAUUGAGAGAUGAUCGUGGUAGUCGUCAAAAUCAUGAUCGGAGUGACCGAUUGAAUGAUGGAGAUAGACCUGAGAAUUCUCCAUCCCGCGAAAGGCAGUCUAAAGCACUUGAGAUGGGAAACCAUGAUGAAACAAUGUAUGAUACAUAUGCAGGACCUGGUGUUUCUCCAUUUGCCUCAGAUAUGCCUCCUCCACCAGUAUUGAUGCCUGUACCUGGUGCUGGACCAUUAGGACCCUUUGUUCCUGCUCCACCAGAAGUUGCAAUGCAAAUGUUAAGAGAGCAAGGAGGACCUUCUCCAUAUGAUGGCUCUGGAAGAAAGAUGCGAUCUGGCUCUCAUAUGAGCGGACCAGCACCUAUAAUUGCUGUUCCUCCAGCUUUUAGACCACAUCCUCGGAGGAUGCGAAGUUAUCAAGAUCUGGAUGCGCCAGAUGACGAGGUCACUGUGAUAGAUUAUCGGAGUUUGUAGUAGGUGUGUAGUCUUUGUUGUCGCUGAUUUUCUAUAUAUCUAUCUCUAACUACUUACUACAAAGGAGGACCCUUUUUUUCUACUAUUCAUCCAAGGAUUUUAUACUAUUAGAUGAAGGUCCACAAUAAGGAACCUUUAUAAGUUGCUUUAUUUACCUUUUGUUGGUCCUAAUUAACUUUGCAUAACUUUUUAGUUUUUGCUUUUAAUAAACUUUUUCCGAUA